AUGGCUCUCUAUUUUGGCUCGGAAUUCCUGAAUUCCCCGCCGCCUAUUGAAACCACGCGACCUUUUCAAGACGGCGUGGAAAACUAUGCGACCCUUACGAAGCAUCGGGAUACAUACUCUUUCAUCGACCCUUGGCGCUUCUGCAAUGCGCUCACGGGCAAGAUUGUGCUGAUAACUCAAGCCCAUCGUGGUGUUGGACGAUCUACCGCUCUUGCAUUUGCACGAGCUGGAGCAUCCGUCUGCUGUGUCGGGCCGACGCCCGAUUCACUAGAGCCUCUCCUUCGCGAGAUCAAGCAGACGUUCAACACCCCGACACUCGCCCUGACAGCCGACCUCCUCGCCCCCGGCGCGCCCGCCCAAGUCGUCAAGCUCGUCGAGCUGCACCGCGGCCCGGUGGACAUCCUCAUCAACAUCACGCCCGCCUCCUACGCGCGGAGUUUCGACACCGAACCCGACAUCACGCAAGACUGGUGGCCGACGAUGGAAUCCGGGGUGCGCGUCCCCGUCGCCCUCACGCACGCCGUCCUCCCCUCCAUGAUCGCGCGCGGCAGCGGCAUCAUCAUCAGCACGACGCUCAUCGGCGGCGUCGUGCACAUCCCCUUCAUGUCCGCCCAGGGCACGGCCAAGGCCGCCCUGCUCAAGUUCCACCACCACCUGCACCUCGAGACGGCCAAGAAGGGCAUCCUCUCCUUCGCCGUCCACCCGGGCCUGAUCCCCAGCCACCUGCACGACCCGGGCAUCUCCUUCCUCGAGCGGCCCGAGCACAUCGGCCAGGACCCCGAGUUCCGCCAGGUCGUGGCCGACCUGGUCCGCGAGUGGGAGUGGUGCUCGGCCGGCCUGGCGAGCGGGACCUUCCUGACGCUGUGCGCCGAGCCCCGGGCCCGCAUCUUGAGCGGCCUGUACGUCAAUGCCGAGAGGGACAUGGAGGAGCUGCUCACCAAGAUCGAAGCCGACUGGGGGGACCAGGUCAAGCGCGAACGACUCUACCACUUGAAAGUUGACGAGUACUGA